GUCCACCAUUCCACCGUAUCCCUGAUAGGACAAUAUAAUUUAAAGUAUCUAUUUAUAGUAUGUGGAUCGCAAUUACUUUGUUCCUGAAUUUCUUUAGAUCUCAGUCUAGAGUUUGAGGAUCUUUUGGUCAACUUUGUCGAGCAGAUCCUAUUUCGGUGAUUUCUUGAUUGAGUACAGGUGUGGCAGUAUCAGGGCUGGGUGUGGCCAGAGAAAUUGAAAUCAGGAUGCCCACAGCAGGCAGCAAGCUGAAGCAGUGCCUGCUGGCUCAGGAUCAGCUGGAGCAGGCCAUCAACGCUGUGCUAAAGACAGAGCAGCAGCUGAGGGACAACGCUAGAGAGGUACGCUGGCAGCUGCAGAGCAGCGUGAGUCGCCAGCAGGAGGCGCUGCGCUGUAGGGAGGUGCAUCUUCUGGGCCAGAUCGAGCUGCUGGAACACGUCAAGGCUGAAACGCUACAGCAGCAGUUACAUCAACUCCAUCGGAUGCACGGGCAGUUAGACGCCAUCUCUCAGCAGCUGCGGCGUGCCAACAGCAGCAGCGACCUCAUCAACCAGCUGACCGGCUGCAUGGACAAGUUGUCGUCUCUGAGUCUUAUGCCUGAGGAAACGCCCGAGAUGAUAUUUACUGCCGACUUGCGCUCCCUGAGGGACGCCAUCACCUCGUUCGGCAGCAUCACCGCCCAGAAAGUCCAGGGCGGGGUUCUGGGCGACUGGCUGCUGGAAUGUCGUUCUGGACUCGGAUUUGAAGCCGACAAAGACAAAGCUUCCUGUCUCGCCCCGGGAUCGGUGGAUUUUCUCAAGGCCUGGGGCCAGCUACGAGACCUGGAGAUGUGGCUACUCCGGGACCAGAAGGCCGACGAUCAGAAGCGCAGCGACUGCGGCGCCUCAUCUGCCUCCUCCUCCUCCAUCGAGAAGAUCGACGAGUCCGACUCGCGUGAUGCCCUCCGGGACGACGACCUGAGCAAAUGGCUGCAGGACCCGCCCGCCACCACCGCCGAGUCGGGCGGCGAGCGUUUGCGUUUGCUCUUGAAGCCGUUUUCUGAGCGCCGGUCCUGGGACGACUGGCUCGUGGGCUCCGGCUGCUCCUCCUGCUGCCACCAAGGUGUCCGAGCGCUGGAGAUCGAGAACCUGGGCCGGCUCAAGUGCCUCAAGACCCUGCCGUCUGCUGCCGCCGCCGCCGGACCCGCUGCCGCUGCGCCCGCUGCCGUCCCCGGCCUUCAGGCGUGGCUUCAGCGGGCAGCGCCGCUGCCGCAAACGUGCCGAGCCAACGAGCCGUGCUCCAGCUACUCUGAGUGCGUCUGCGACGAAAACUGCGGCAAAGAAGCUCUGAACGCCUGGCUGCUGCAGCGCAGCGCACGAGACAAGAACGGCGUACCCCUCUGCGUCCCUGUUUCCGCUGAAGCCCCGCCUGUGGCCGCUAACUAUGUCCUGCCAGCUGCCAAGGAUUUCCCACCUACUUUGCAACACAGACAGCAAGAACAGAAGGUUCAGGCCAUCCUGGAGGCGUGGCUUCACCCUUCCAAACCUUCCUCCAGCACCUCCACCUCCUUCUUCCAGAAGCCUUUAAAUGCAGAAUCUUGGAUGCUUCCGGAGAAGUGGGCGGCAGCAGCUCAGCAGGACGACAAGUUGCUGUUAAAGAACAGGUGUCAGGAACGUGGGACCUUGCCCUCUGUCUGUGAAUCCUUCUUCGGCAUGAAAGUGGGCGGCGACCAAGAGAAAUGGCUCCACAAGCCUCGUCCAAUUCAGCCACAUUUCAAAUUGGAGGCCUUCACAGCAAAGGCAAUGGUUCGAUCCCUAGAGCGCCCCAACAGCCGCGUUUCCUCCUCUGGUCAGCGCCUCCGCAUGCUCCUCUUGUCGGGUUGUGCUGCUAAGGGACUCUGCGUUUUUCCAGCUAAGCACUCCGAGGCGAGUUGACACUCCUGAGUUGUUGCUAACAAUUACCGGGUAGUAAAUAAAUCAUAAGUAAGUGCUGGUGAUCAUAUGCUGAUUUGCUGUGGAUGUUUUUUUCUAUUUUUGACAUUGUAGCCAAAGAAUUUUGGCCAGCCAAUGCCGCCAUCUUGGACGACAAUAAAAAGAUAUAUAUGCUAAUUUUAUGGCAGUCCAAUGUAGAUGCAGUCUCAACAAGAUUGCGGGAAAAAUCAUCAUCAAACAAAGUUUUGAACUAAACUCUUAAUUUAUGAAGAAAAAAGGAACAUUUGGUUCCUCCACUUAUUUGUUUUGGACAGUGACACAACACCUCAAUUGAAGUGUAGCCAUCUGGAGACACCGCUAGAUAUAACUGUGUGUCAUCUGCAUAGCUAUGCUAGGCAAAUCAAAGUGGUGAAGAAUUUGACCCAAGGGAAGCAUAUUCAGGCUGAAAAAAGAGGUCCAAGAACUGACCCUUGAGAGACCCCAUAUGUCAUUGCCAUUCGAUCGGAUUGAAAACAUCCAACGGUUACGAAAUAACUUGUUUCCUCCAGGUAGGACCUUAAAAGUGCAUAAAUAAUCCUAACUACCCAUCACAUUCUUUAUACAGCCAGAGUAACAGUCAAGACAUAGUUCCCACAGUUUCACUCAUUCAUACACAUGCAUUCAUAUCUCAGAAAUAACAGCAUUUAGCAUUUGAUUUCUUUUCUUUAUUGUGAAAAUGCAAAAUGGCUCCCUCAUCCUGGCACUUUAGCUCACAAAUCGAUCUGGUGUAUUGCAACAACAUAAUAAGGCCAAAAAAGGAACUCUCGGGACACUUAAGAUGCAUUUGGGUUAAGCAAUGGGAGAAAAAUUCCAUAUAUCCAAAACUGUCAUUAGCAUCUUCAUGAAACUUCAUUUGGCACACCUAACAGUAAAGACAUUUUUUCAUUACGUUUUUCCUUCAAAAAAUGUAAUCGAUUUUCAAAGUUAAAUUCAGUGGGGUAUUGAUCAAAUGAUAUGGACCUGACCCAUCCAUAUAAAAUGCAAUAAUAUUCUCAAAGAUUGCGACUUGCUUGCGAUCACCCAGAACACGCGGGAGAUGACGUGAGUAGCUUUUGUUUCUUAGGUCGCACGCUUUACGCGCCGCACACGCACACACGAGCGCCUUUCGGAUCGUCAACCUACCGCUUGAGAACUGCGACUUAGUGUAAGACGGCAUCUCUCCUCAUCCGUCUGGCCCUUCCCGUUAGAUCGCUCAUCAGCCACGUUCAGCCAGACUUUCACUUAAGAGCACGUAACGUUCAAGCGGAGAUUUCCAUUUUCAUUUUGAGUGGGUUUUUUUUUUUUCCCUUUGUAUUACGAACUUCAGAUACGCCACCGCCGCUCAAGUGAAGUGAAAAAAAAAAAAGAGCCGCAGUCACCGAUUGUUGAAAGGGACAAAAUGAGAAUAGUCGCAACGAGCUGCUCUAGGCCACAAUUCACGCCCAGACGCUCACGCAGACUAACUGGCCAACGAGCUCCUGACAUUACUCAGUAGGCCACGCCCCUUAAAGGCACUCAUGCCAUACAAAUACUAGAGUGCGUACAUUAAUUAAUCUUAACAAAGACCAGUUUUUCUUGACAUUCUCUUUGUUAUUUUUAUAUACAAUGCAGAGUUAUUUUUCUUAAUUCAAAUCACGCAACAAAAAAUGGCCGAAAAUAAACUACUUCCGAUCCAGACGUCGCUCAUUAAAGGCACACGACAAAUAGCAGACAAAUACUAGUACGGAACCACUGCAUUCCUUGACAUUUUCCUUUUCCUCACGGAGAUAUUUUUUCUUCGAUUUGAUACAGGAGUAUAAUGAGUUAGAGCUCUGUCACAGACCGAGUUCAACUGGCGGUUGAUAGUGCCGCCGUCGUUGGGCUCCGGUGUCAACCAAACACGAAGUAAUUAGCAGGGGCUGUGGUUCGUUAAAGCGCACGUGGACUGAAGUAUUUGGCGCACGAGACUGGGAAAGAAGGUGUGUGCGGCAGCAACAACAAAAUGCUAUGCUAUGCUAUCGUCUCCCGGGUGUGUUAUAAGGAUUCCCGCAUAGUUUCCAGGCAGGACACGCCCCACUGCAACAUGAUUGGCUCCUGGGUCGCGGGAGAGGCAGGCUACGCAGAUUUAACGAGAUGAGCGCCCCAAACAUGUAUCACAUUUGUACAAAAUAAAAACAAAGAAGUUUGUUAGGGUUAGGGUUGGUGCUAAGGUGGGUUAGGGUUAGGGUAGGUUAUGGUUAGUGUGAAACAUAUUAACGCCGCCACACUUAAGUCACACAUUUCUUUUCCCGUCUGGAAGCAGUAGGGCCUGGUCUACCGGGAUAAAGCAGCCAAUCAUAGUGCAGCGGCGCGUGUCCUGUAGCCAGUAAUAUUGGAGCAGCGCAUGUCCUGCCCGGAAACUAUGUGGGAAUCCUCAUAAUGCCUCGCACCUUGCGUGCAAUCAUGCAAAGAUAGCUCUGUGACUUGUUAGUGAUCAUGCGAAGCUCACCAGCUCUUAUUAUUAUUAUUUUUUUUUUUA